GCGCCUCGGCCGCGGCGGGAGCGAACCGCUUGCAGCCGGUGCUUCCGGCCGGAAGCUGCUGCUCAGGACUCGCCGAGGGGGGAAACUCCCCCAGCUUGCUGGCCCGGGAUGGCCCCCAAACUCCCCGACUCUGUGGAGGGGCUCCGCGCCGCCGGCAACCAGAGCUUCCGCAACGGCCAGUACGCCGAGGCCUCUGCGCUCUAUGGCCGCGCGCUGCGGGUGCUGCAGGCUCGAGGUUCUUCCGACCCGGAGGAAGAAAGUGUUCUCUACUCGAACCGAGCAGCGUGCCACCUGAAGGAUGGAAACUGCUCAGACUGCAUCAAAGACUGUACUUCAGCAUUGGCCUUGGUUCCUUUCGGCAUUAAACCCCUGCUGCGGCGAGCGUCUGCCUACGAGGCCCUGGAGAAGUACACCCUGGCCUAUGUCGACUACAAGACCGUGCUGCAGAUCGACGAGAACCUGAUGCCAGCCCUGGAAGGCAUCAACAGAAUGACCAGAGCUCUCAUGGACUCCCUCGGGCCCGAGUGGCGCGGGAAGCUGCCCUCUAUCCCUCUGGUGCCUGUGUCAGCUCAGAAGAGAUGGAAUUCCUUGCCUUCAGAGAACUCCCAAGAGACGGCUAAAAGCAGAUACAAGGAAACCACAACUACCAAGAGCAGAGUGCCUUCUGCUGGGGAUGUGGAGAGAGCCCGAGCGCUGAAGGAAGAAGGCAAUGAGCUUGUCAAGAAGGGCAACCAUAAGAAAGCCCUGGAGAAGUACAGUGAGAGCCUCUCGUUUAGUAACCUGGAGUCAGCCACAUACAGCAACAGAGCGCUCUGCCAUCUGGUCCUGAAGCAGUACAAGGAGGCUGUGAAGGAUUGCACAGAAGCCCUCAAGCUGGAUGGGAAGAACGUGAAGGCGUUUUACAGACGGGCUCAAGCCUACAAGGCUCUCAAGGACUAUAAAUCCAGCUUCGCAGACAUCAGCAGCCUCCUACAAAUUGAGCCCAGGAAUGGCCCUGCACAGAAGUUACGGCAGGAAAUUAACCAGAACCUGCACUGAAGUCCCAAAAGGCAACAGGAAACGUCUUCCUGACCUGCAGAGAAACCAGGAGCUGCCUCCUCUGCACCCACUCCUGAAACCCAGCAUGCCCAGAGCCAGACCUAAAGCCCCCUCCUUGGCCCCUCAGAGACAGCAACCUCUCACCCCUUAAGAGCCUUUGCUUGUUCAGAUUAAGCUAGGAGUAGUCAAAUCCAGACAUUGUUUUGUCAGAAAGGUCCCCUUGAGAGCUGAUGCAUGAAGCAGAAGCUCUGCCGCCAUCAGCUGAGAUUUCUGAAAUGCUAACACAUCACAGACAGGUCCUCCUCAGCAGUGCACAUAGCUUUGUCCCUGCUGCAAGCAUGUUCCAGAUGCCUGUAACUUCCCCAAAGCCCCUGUCACCACAGUUCUGCUGAACAAACUGAGCAGGGGUGGGGGAGAUCUGGAGAACCCUAGGCCCACCUUCCCCCUGGCAGUCUGUUGAGCUGGUUCUCCAGGGCUGUAGCCUCACUGCUGUGCAGCUGCUAUCCCCUCCCUGUCCAUGGUGCAGUCCCGUGUGUCUGAGCCCCAGUGCCUUUUGUCCAGGCCCUCCUGUGCCAGGAAGGCAGCGUCCAGCCUUCGAUGGCUCCAUGCUGGACUCUGCUGCCUUCUGCAUGGAACGACCUAAGCUGUGGCGUGAGCCCAGUGGUUGUGGCUGCUCCUCCUGGAGGUGGGAUGGGGAAGAGAAGCUGCCUCGUGGUCAGUGUGCUUCCAUUCUGGGCAGACUUGCCUUUCCCCAGCAGCAACCCCCUCCAGGCUGCUUUUUUGUGAUCCGUUGAAGUUAACUGAACUGACUCGGGUUUUGUUGAACUGUGUGUUUAGCUAUUGUAUUAAAGGCUUUCUUCUACGUAACAGUGGCUGCUGUGCUUCAUCUAGGCCCUUACAGCUGCAUCUGGAACUUUACAGUAGUAAUAAAAGCUGCUUCCUGG